CAGAUUUUCACAAACCCGAAGAAAGUGUAGUUCACAUCCCCCUUCAACCUUUUUACCAGCUAUCAAUAAUGGCGUCGUCGCAGAAGUUCUUCCCCGCCGUCCUCGUCCUCCUGUUGCUGGUUGUAGCCAUGGAGGUGGCGCCGGCGCAGGCGGAGAGGGUGUGUGAGACGGACAGCACUCAGUUCAAGGGGAUAUGCAUGGUUGGCACAAACUGCGCCAACGUUUGCCUCACCGAGGGCUUCACCAGCGGCAAGUGCUCCGGCUUCAAGAGGAAGUGCAUGUGCACCAAGCCAUGUUAGAGACUAGAGUGAUCAAACGUGGAUGGCAACGACCGUACAUACCCAUACCCAUGGAUCUGUUCUCAGCAUGGUCUGAGUCAAAUCGGUCUGCCAUGAACGCCUCUAAUGGACUUCAGGUUCACGGUGUCGCGAUGUUCUUUCUUCAGUUACUAUGAAGGAUAUCAUUUUGUUUCUUUGAACAUGUUAGAAGAUGUAAUGGUCCAAGCAUGCGUGUGUUCAUUCUAUUAUAUGUGUAUUUUUGUUCCUUUUUCUUUAAGUUAUUACAGUUUUUAUUGCUGAUCAGUUUGAUUUCUUUGUCGUAAUAACAAUUAGGAGUUCCCUUUAUAUGUAUAUGUUGUUUGAGA